AUGGCAGACCUCACUUACCAAAUAAAUAUAACGGCACUAACAUUACUUAGCAGAAAGUGGCGCAACACAGAACCCCCAACAAUACAAGAAUGUAUUCACCUAGUAAAUCAUAAUAAAAUCUCUGAAUGCGCAGCAAGACUGGCAGUGGACCAACAGUCCAAAGUGUGGAGAAUAGCCUGGGAGAAAUGGACUGAGGUGAUGGAAACUAACACACCUACCACCAAAGAUCCAAACCCAACCGAAGUGCCGACAGCUGCGCUCACAUAA